AGGGUGUGGGGCCGUGCGCAAACCGCGUGUGGCGCAGCCAGGAGGGUAGCAGUGGUGGGCGGCGCGGAGCGGAGCAGCGGGGCCUCGUCACUCGCGCUCCCGGCAGCAGGCGGCGGCCGUCAGAGAACUGAACCACAACGAUGAGCAGCAACGAGUGUUUCAAAUGUGGACGUACUGGCCACUGGGCUCGGGAAUGCCCUACUGGUAUUGGACGUGGUCGUGGGAUGCGAAGCCGUGGCAGAGGCUUCCAGUUCAUGUCUUCAUCUCUCCCAGACAUCUGCUAUCGCUGUGGUGAGUCUGGCCAUCUUGCCAAGGACUGUGAUCUUCAGGAGGAUGAAGCCUGCUAUAACUGCGGCAGAGGUGGCCAUAUUGCUAAGGACUGCAAGGAGCCGAAGAGAGAGAGAGAGCAAUGCUGCUAUAACUGUGGCAAGCCUGGUCAUCUGGCUCGUGACUGUGACCAUGCAGAUGAGCAGAAGUGCUAUUCUUGUGGGGAAUUUGGACACAUUCAAAAAGACUGCACCAAAGUGAAAUGCUAUAGGUGUGGUGAAACUGGCCAUGUGGCCAUCAACUGCAGCAAGACGAGCGAAGUCAACUGCUAUCGCUGCGGAGAGUCAGGGCACCUUGCACGGGAAUGCACAAUUGAAGCUACAGCCUAAUAAUUUUUCCUUUGUCGCCCCUCCUUUUUCUGAUUGAUGGUUGUAUUAUUUUUCUCUGAAUCCUCUUCACUGGCCAAAGGUUGGCAGAUAGAGGCUACUCCCAGGCCAGUGAGCUUUACUUGCCAUGUAAAAGGAGGAAAGGGGUGGAAAAAUCAACUUUCUGCAUUUAACUACAAAAAAAUGUUUAUGUUUAGUUUGGUAGAGGUGUUAUGUAUAAUGCUUUGUUAAAGAACCCCCUUUCCGUGCCACUGGUGAAUAGGGAUUGAUGAGUGGGAAGAGUUUAGUCAGACCAGCAAACCCUCUCUGGGUUACAUGGAAGUGAUCCUGUGCAGGACGAAAGAAAUCCUGGAAGUGUCAAAACUUCCACAAGUAACUCUUAAUUUUAUUAUAAUGGCCUUGAAUUGUCUGACCUCAGUAGCUGUUAACGACACCAAGUAAUAUCUGUAUCAGGCCUUACCUAGAGCAUAUAGCUGUGUGGGAGUAAACAAACAAGAUGCACAUGCCUGUUACUGGCCAUGAGAGAGAGAGAAAUCAGGAAUAAAACUUUAAAAGUAACAGUAAUUCAGUCAAAGAAUGUUAAUGUUGGAGAUACAGAAAGUAAUGGGAAGCUUUUUGAACGAAUAUUGCAAAUUUAAAUCUAAAACCCAGAACAUCAGUUCUCAUAGCAUACACAAUUUGGAGCUAUUCAGGAGUUGCAAAGAUGCAUUUUCACAGAAAUCAAGAUGUUAUUUUUGUAUACUAUAUCACUUAGACAACUGAGUUUUCAUUUGCUUGUAAUCAGUUUUUAAAGUAAGAUGGUAAAAGCAAUUGAAGUCCUAGAACAUAGAAAUGUAAUUUUAAACUAUCAAUAAAGCUGGAGGAGGAAGGGGAGUUUGGCUAAAGUUCCUUUUUGCUUAGUUUUUGUUCAUGUACACAGUGCAAAACACCAUAUUAAAGAGGGGAAUGUGGAGGUGUUUAAAAGCUUACAGUUUGGACUUUUUCUUUUUGUUCUAAGUCUUGUGGUGUUGAUCUCAAUUCUGUAACAUCAGUAACUUCAGAAAACUUACAUUGCGCUACUUUUGCAGCACUUCUUACAGGUCUUUGCUUCUCUGCAUACCUUGACAUCGUAAAAAUGUUUGUUCCUUUAUACAGUAGGCUGUUGCUUUAACCUUUAUACGAGCUUCCAAUUAAAACAUUGCUUCAUGUA